GUUACCUACUUAUCCUGUGCGCAUGUGGAGGUGGCGCGCGCCUCUCGGAUAUCCGAAGCUCUGCGACGACGCAAAUGCGGCCACGGCUGCUUGCUGCUGUUGCAAUUAUUUGUCAGCGUCGCAGGAAACUACGCCGGUGGUGAGUGAGGGUCGCCAUGUCGUUGGCGUGACGGCGGCACGGAACUGCAUCUGCUUUCGUGUCCUCUUGCUGAAGCGAGCAGCCAGCCAGGCGUGCAUGGCAGCAGCAGCAGCAGCAACACGAAGGUCGGCGAAUAGUACCAUAGCGUGAGAGUCGGCCGCGCCGCGCGCGCACACACACACAUCGCCUACCUAUAAAAGAGGCCGGCUUGUCAAUGGGGCGUCUCAGCUCGCAUUUGUGCCGACCGACACAGCAGGCCAGCGGCAAGCGGACAGAUACCACCACCACCAUCAUCAUCCACUUCAUCCCUCAUCAUCCUCACCACCGUCGUCCAGCUAUCCGUAUCCCAUGCGACGGAUUGCGCGCUCGACACUGCCAGCCGCGCGUAGACACCUGACACCAACGAAUCAACACCAGCAGCACCAGCACCAGCACCAGCACCAGAGAGCCUAUUACUCCAUCCGUACCGACAUCCUCGCCAGCAUGGCCACCGCAUACCAGAUCCAGGUCCCCGCGCGGGACACGGGCCUGUGGAAGGGCGCCGAGCAGACCCAGGAGGCCGCGGACAAGGUCACCGAGCUGCUGCAGAGGGACCUCGAGAAUCAUCACGUCUUCUUCAACGCCUCGGGCUUUCAUAAUCAUAUCCUUCACCAGCUCCUCACCCUCUACAGCACCGGCGGCAGCCCAUCCCUCCUACAGACCGCCUACGACAAGAACAAGUCGUACCAGAUCAAGGCCAUGGACCCGCACCCGACCGCCCUCGCCGACCUACAGUCCGGCUGGGACGCCCACGCCCACAAGUACCUCGGCAAGGGGAGGCACUACCCGGACUUUCUCAAGUUCUUCCAGGGCGAGAUCGACAGGCGCGGCUGGAAGGCCGUCGUGGCCGAGUUCCUCUUUGACGACGACGAUGGCGGCACGACGCCCAAGGCCCGCGACAUGCUGGGCCGCCUGUUCGCGGGCUUCCUGCACCCCAUGAUCCAGCUCCUGUACGGCGUAGAGUGGGAGCAGCCCGCCAUUGUCGCCGAGGGGCUGGCCCAGGCGGCCGUGCACGAGGACCGUCUCGGCGCGUUCCUCUGGCGCGUCGACGAAGCCGCCGCCGCUGCAGACGAGCCGCAGCAGCAGCAGCGCUCCGUGGCUGAAAUGUGCGAGUCGGCGCGCCGCGAGAGCCCCAAGCUGGCCUCCAGCGCGCGCUGGGAGGACCCCAACAGGAUCUACGACGGCGUCAUGGUCCGCGCCCCCGACGAGGCCGUGGCGCUGCUGGCGCAGAUCCGCGUGCGGCCGGAAGACGUCGGGGAGCGGACCGUCGAGAUGAUCCAUACGGCCGCCUACAUCGCCGCCGGCGCGGCAUGGAACCCGCCCUACAUUCCCAAGUUUGACUUUUUUCUCAUCCACCACCUCACAUCCGCGCCCUUCUUCCUGUUACUCGACCGCCACUCCGACUGGAUCCCCGAGGCCGCCCGCGUCCGCCUCCUCGAGUGGAAGCUGCGCGUCGACGCGCUCGAGUACCUCGCCCGCGGCAGCCCCCCCCUGCGCCUCGCCGACGCCCUUGCCUCCUAUCGCUACCACCAACGUUCCCCCAAGGCGGGCGACGACAAGUCCGACGGCCCGACUCCGGCUCCGGCGGCGGUGGCGGCCGCGCGCGACCUGCUCCCGCGCUUCCACGACGUCGUCGACGACGGGCACACCAUCAAGGCCGCCCGCGCGCUGCUCCUCGCGCAGCAGGCGUCGCGGCCCUACGAGGGCAAGGGCAAGCCCUGGAUGAGGAUCGAGGGCGACGAGGCGUGGACCAAGGUCAUGUAUAUGCUGCUCGCGAGCGUCGAGGGCGACGAGUACGAGUGGGUGCGCUCGGCGGGUUUCGAACAGGCGUGGGAGGGCAUGCCCAAGUACGAGUAAGGGCAUCCACCCUCCUUUCCCCCCCGCAGCAGGAAAGCGUGCGCACUGCGCGAGGCCACUCUCCCAACCGCUGCGGGCAUUGGGAGCGGGCGGUGUCGGUAACGUUGGCUGAAUUUGCGACAGGCCAGGCCGCAUCGCGCACGCAAAGCAGGGUAAAGGCACUGUGGCGCACAUGUGACAACGGAAAUGCAAC